CGACGACAGAACCAUUGGUGUUUGUCCAAUUAGUCGCAUCCUUCGCCUGAAGCAGCUCUCGACCACUACUAUCUCGUACGUUUGUCACUUGCUUAGAAAAGUGAGGUGGUGUAGCGCAGCAGGAACUCCGCACACCCUGUGGCCAGAACGACACGGACUUGACGAUCCAGCUGCGCUCCUACCUUGUCCCGUUUAGCAAUAGCGAAAAACCUCAAACCACUUCCGACCAACUUCUUCUCGACCAACACGACACACAAUACAAUCGCCCAACAUGCCUUCCGCCAAAACCGUCGCGUACUACCUCUUUCACCUCCAAGAACUCCGUGCCAUCAUCCAAUGGAAGACCUGGCACAAUCCCGUCCACGAACGUGAUGAGUCCAAAGAGUCCGCCAACCUCAAAGAGUGCUUCCGUUUCCUCAACCUCACCUCCCGCUCCUUCGCCGCUGUGAUCCAAGAGCUGCAUCCCGAACUCCUCGUUCCCGUCUGCCUUUUCUACCUCAUCCUCCGCGGUCUCGAUACCAUCGAAGACGAUAUGACGAUUCCUAUCGAGCGCAAAGAACCUCUGCUCAGAAAGUUUGAUGAGUUCAUUGAGGACGAAGCCUGGACGUUUGAUGGCAAUGGGCCGAAUGAGAAGGAUCGAGAGCUUUUGGUCAAGUUCGAUGUUGUGGCUAAGGAGUUCAACAAGCAGAAGGCAGAGUACAAGGCCAUCAUCAGGGACAUCACCAAGAAGAUGGGAAAUGGCAUGGCGGACUAUGCGAAAAAUGCGGAUCACAAUGCGAACGGAGUCAAGACAAUCAAGGACUAUGAGCUGUACUGCCAUUACGUUGCGGGACUGGUGGGAGAGGGUUUGACGAGAUUGUUCGUGGAAGCGAAACUCGCGAACCCGGUGCUGUUACAGCGACCUGAGUUGAUGGAGAGUAUGGGACAAUUUUUGCAGCAGACGAACAUUAUUCGUGAUAUUCGAGAGGAUCAUGAGGAUAAGAGAUAUUUCUGGCCCAAGGAGGUUUGGUCGAAACAUGUGGAGAAGUUCUCGGAUCUGUUCGAGCCGCAGAAUCGGGAGAAGGCCUUGGCCUGUAGUAGUGAGAUGGUGUUGUUGGCGCUGAAGAGGGCGGAUGAGUGCUUGUUCUACAUGGCUGGAGUGAAGGAGCAGAGUGUGUUCAACUUCGUUGCGAUUCCCCAGACGAUGGCCAUUGCGACGCUGGAGCUGUGCUUCCAGAACCCAGACAUUUUCGAGAGGAACGUCAAGAUCACGAAGGGCUCGGCGUGUGAGUUGAUGAUGCAAAGCACACAGAAUCUGCAACUGGUUUGCGAGGUCUUCCGACGAUUUGCGAGGAAAAUCCACAGGAAGAAUAACCCUAGCGAUCCGAACUUCUUGGAGAUCAGCGUCGCAUGCGGGAAGAUCGAGAAGUUCAUUGAGACGAUUUUCCCGACGCAGACGCCCAGGACUCUGCCAGCCGGCAGCACAGUGGUCGACUCAGCGGAGGAGGCGAGGAGAAAGGAGGAAGAGGCAGAGGCGAAGAAGGACGUCUUCUUCAUGAUCUUGGCCAUCGUUGCUACAUUAGGAGUGGUCUCGAUCUGCAUGAUCGCUGCGGCGUGGUUCUUUGGUGCGCGAUUCGAUCUCGCAUUCAAGUCACUCAAGGACGGAAAUUUCUUCCCACCAAAAGGCAAGGAUGCCGUCGAAAGCAUCGCAAGCAAAUACGAGAGUGCGACGACAGCCGCAGCCCAUUCCGAGCUGUAGAGCUUUCAAAGAAUGGGAGGUCGUCACUUCGUGCAAUAACAACAAGGACUCCCUGCCUUUUGAUCGAGAUUUGAGGCCGCACCACAAUGAACAGCGGGACGGUUUCCACCAGGACGCGCAGAGCAUGCAUAGGCUCGAACGGGGCUGUGUCGGCAUAGCUCAUCGCCGGCAGGAUGCAUGCAUGACUUGGCAUUUCCGGGCGUAUGCAUCAAGGCUGCAUAUGCAUUCGCAGCAUGAUGGUGAUCACAGCAAGGCAGAGCGACCACCAACGCAACGAGCUUACUUUAUGUGCAGUACAGAACUAACUAAUGGGAACACUUCACGACAGUUGGGCUUUCUCCAACAAUGACAAGGCUUCCUAUCGUCCGAGGUGUCACCUCUCGGCAUGCAGCUUCGCUAAUGUACACUGGAGCUUGCGUGGCAAGGCUGUAUGCGAACAGCGUCAGUUUGCCUUGGAGGCACAAGAGGCUCUCGGAUCUAAGCCCCCUGAGGCUAAGACUAUCAUUCAAGAUCAUGUGAUGCUUUCCAUACGAACGGCGGUCCAGUCUCUCGGGACAGCAGCAUCUCUGGACUCCCACUUGCUUUGCU